GCAGGCGCAGAUGAGGGGGCCUUGAUUGUAUGAACUGGACCAUUUAUCAGAUGAUCCCAACCGUGGAUUGGGAACCGGAAACAAUAAUAAAUAAUCGCAAAUUGGAAGAUCUGAACCCUUCAAUUUCGUCAGAUCAUUCUUCGGACAUGAAUAGACGUGGAAACUCGAAAUCCUAGGAUCGUCCAAUUGGGAGAUAUUUCUCCCAUCCACGUCGCCCACCAAUCAACGGCCCGGAUCACCGAAUCAUGGACCAAAAUGUAAGAAAUUCCGUGCCCCAGUACCUAUAAGCAACGGUCGAUUUCGGUUACUGAGCAAGAAAUGGUAAUUUCGAAGCAUUUGAAAAUCCCGGAACCUCUCUUCUUUGCCUUCCAUCGCUUCAUCCAUUUCAAGCCCAAAUCCAAAACAACCUCAAUCGAUUCUGCUCUCAAAUCUAUCCAACCCAAAGAACCCAACAUCACAGAAUGGAAAAAAAUGCUAGAAUUAUCAGAAACCGUCAAAAUCGACUCCUACGCUCACCUUCUAGAAGCCUGCAUCCGAUCAAAAUCAUUGAAAGAAGGCAAGGAAAUCCACCACCAUAUCGGAAAACACAGUGCCCACAUGAAGAACUCCUUUCUACUCGAAAAGAUUGCAUGCAUGUAUAUUGCGUGCGGAGAAAUCAAUCUUGCUCGCCUUGCUUUCGAUGAAAUUCAAAAACCCAGUAUUUUUUUAUGGAAUUCUAUGAUUAGAGCUUAUGCUUGGAAAGGACCCUUUGAUCAAGCGAUCGAAUUGUAUAACCGGAUGCUCAAGUCGGGUGUCAUGCCGAAUAAAUUCACGUUCCCUUUCGUUCUAAAGGCAUGUUCAGGUUUACUGGCAUUAGAAGAAGGCAGUGAGAUUCAUAAGCAUGCAGCAAGAGUUGGGUUGGAUUCGGAUGUAUUUGUUUGCAGUGCUUUGGUGGAUUUGUAUGCGAAAUGUGGGUGUUUGGAUGUUGCCUACCAAUUGUUCGAUAAAAUGCCGGAUAGAGAUGUUGUGGCAUGGAAUACCAUGAUUUCUGGGUUGGCUCUGCAUGGGUUUUAUGAAGAUGCCAUCAGGUUGGUUCUCAAAAUGCAGAAGGCAGGGACAAGUCCGAAUUCUUCAACUCUUGUUGCAGUUCUGCCAGCAGUGGGCCAGGCUAAGGCAUUGCAUAAGGGAAAGAGCGUGCAUGGAUAUUGUGUCAGGAGGUGUUUUGAUAAAGACGUGCUGCUGGGGACUGCAGUUUUGGAUAUGUAUGCAAAAUGUGAACACUUACACUAUGCUAGGAGAGCCUUUGACGUCAUGAGCAUUAGAAAUGAAGUCACAUGGAGUGCAAUGAUUGGAGCAUAUGUUCUAUGUGAUCAGAUGAUCGAGGCACUGGCAGUGUUUAAUUGGAUGAUGCUUGAGGAGGUUCUGAAUCCGACGUCGGCAACGCUGGGAUGUGUUCUUCGAGCUUGUGCAAGAUUGAAUGAUUUGAAUAAAGGUAAACAGAUACAUGGUUACUCAACCAAAUCCGGAUUCGUUUUAGAUGUAACAGUAGGAAAUUCGCUUCUUUCAAUGUAUGCUAAAUGUGGGGUUGUAGAUGAUGCAAUCAGUUUCUUUGAUGAAAUGAAAUCAAAAGAUACUGUUUCCUAUAGUGCAAUCAUCUCCGGAUGCGUGCAAAAUGGUAGUGCGGAGGACGCUUUGCUUAUUUUCCGCAAGAUGCAAGCAUUUGGCAUAAAGCCAGAUCUUGCGACCAUGGUGGGAGUAGUUCCAGCUUGUGCUCAUUUAGCUGCCCUGAAACAUGGGCAGUGUAACCAUGGUUACGUGACUGUUUGUGGGUUUCAAUCAGAUACCUCAAUUUGUAAUGCACUCAUUGACAUGUACUCAAAGUGUGGAAGAAUCGACAUUGCUAAAGAAAUCUUCAAUAGGAUGCCAGAACGGGAUAUCGUGUCGUGGAAUGCGCUAAUUGCUGGGUAUGGAAUUCAUGGGCUUGGUACGGAAGCACUCUCGAUAUUUCAUGAUUUGCAUAAUACCGGUCUGAAGCCCGACAGCGUCACUUUCAUUAGCCUCUUAUCUGCUUGCAGCCAUUCAGGACUUGUUACCGAAGGCAAAUACUGGUUUCGCUUGAUGACUACACAUUUCAAUAUUAUCCCGAGGAUGGAACACUUCAUCUGCAUUGUUGAUCUUUUGGGCCGUGGUGGGCUUCUGGAUGAGGCCUAUGAUUUUAUCCGAAGAAUGCCAUUCGAACCAGAUGUGCGUGUAUGGGGAGCCCUGCUAGGUGCAUGUAGAAUUCAUGAGAAUAUCAAACUAGGGGAAGAAGUAUCAAAGGAAAUUCAAAAGCUAGGACCUGAAGGUACCGGAAACUUUGUUCUCUUAUCCAAUAUAUACAGUGCUGCUGGAAGAUGGGAUGAUGCAGCUAAUGUUAGAAUCAUCCAGAGAGACCAGGGUUUUAAGAAAAGCCCGGGAUGCAGUUGGAUUGAGAUUGGGGGCACCCUGCAUGCAUUCAUUGGUGGAGAUCAAUCACACCCACAAUCAGCACAAAUAUAUAAUAAGCUCGAGGAACUGUUAUGGGAGUUGAAGGAGAUGGGUUAUAUUGCUAAUACGAGUUUUGUUCUGCAAGAUGUUGAAGAGGAGGAGAAGGAACGGAUUCUUCUGUACCACAGCGAGAAGCUGGCAAUUGCAUUUGGUGAUCUCAAUCUGGGCCCCAACAAACCCAUUUUCAUUACCAAGAAUCUGCGGGUUUGUGGGGACUGCCACACUGCCAUCAAGUUCAUCAGCACCGUCACAAAAAGAGCGAUUACUGUAAGAGAUGCAAGCCGGUUUCAUCAUUUCAAUGAUGGGGUAUGCAGUUGCGGAGAUUUCUGGUAAUGAUCUGCAAAAGAGGGCAUGAUUAGAGGCAUAGGGGGAUGGAACAAUUGCUAUUGCAGUGAAGUGAGAUUUCUCAUAUUGAUCAGCAAAAGAAUGCUUGUUAGAAACAUGGAUGAAUGGAAAGUCAGGGCCAGCGAAGCCUUGCUUUGCGCUGUUACAUCCCAUUUGCACCUUAUUCGGAGAAAACUUUGGUGAGAACUGAGGGAAGGAGGUUUGGAGGCUUUUUGUCAUCUGGACACACUCUCACUGCCUAAUGAAAUUUAUUAAGACGGCGCUAAAGCGCCAACUUGGCAAAAACCAACCCCGAGUUGAUUGAAAAAGAAGCUUGAGAACCCCUUUUUCAGCGGGCCCUUGCCCUUAUUCUGCUUUCUGCCCCCUACCCCAAAUUGCUGGAAUAUGGAAUCCAAGGGUGUUGAUGAAGGUAUCUGAAGUACCAAAGCGUGUCAGGAUUUUUCAGACACCGAAAGUACAUCUUCUUGUAAAUGCUUCCAUGCUGCUCAAUGUCGUCACCUACUACAAUAGCUGAAGUUGCUGGACUUACGCAACUUGGAUUUAUCACUGCAGAACACCAUUCUACUGUUGCUACUUUGAGACUAGAAAUGUACAAAUCAAAGGUCAGAUCUUGGCUCUACGGUUCAGAUCGCUGCGGUUUUGAUCACAAUCUUUUCAGGAGAAGAAGGUGAGAAAGAUGACUUUGUGAUUGUUGAUUGGGCAAUCUUUCUUUUUCUUUCUUAUGACUAUGCAAUGAAAGCAGCCACAUGAAGAAUCUCUACCGUAGGAUUCAGUUGCAGGUGAGAUCUUGGCCAGAUCAAAAAUUUUAACGGUUGGAUGACCGUAUACACUCAGUGCAGGAAAUUGUAGACCAUUCGCAAA